GUUGCGACCAACCUGGGGAAAAUCAAGAAUGUCUCAUCGGGGGUUUAGGGUUUUUGCACUAAUUGCAAGAAAUCAGUUAUCAUCGUGAUGCAGGCGAUAAUCAUCAGGUUGGUUUACCAUUGGUUACUUCUUUGGAACUGAUCUUGGAGAGGAAAAAUAACUACUUAGUCGUUGGGUCUGCAAUGGAAUCAAUAGAUGUUAGUUCAAUAGAUAGUGAUUCCAGUGAUUGGGAUGUGGAGAUGUAUAAAGCAUUAAAUGACUCGGUAUUGAAUGAUUCAGCUACUUCAUCAUCCAAUUCUAGGGUUCUUCCUGCAUGGGCUUCUGCAUCUGUGCCAAGUGAUACAGGUUUGCGUGGAUCGGCUCAAAGGUCUAAUCCUUCUAAAAGAGAAUCUGCUUUGAAUGGGCAGUCAUCCUCUUCAAAAAAUGUUAGAAAUUCAAAUAGAAACAUAGAUAGGCAUGGCAAGCACACCAAAGUUUCUUCAAAUAAUGGUACAGACUUCGAUAACCAGUUACACCCAAAAGGUGCCAAAAGAAUGCUUCCAUCAACCCUUCAGCCGUCUUCAUCUAAUUCCAGUCCGAGUGUUCGAGUAAAAGAUGUGGGUAGCAGUCAAAUCCAUGAAAAUUAUGGAAAACCUUAUCCUCCUGCACUUUCAAGUCAUACAAACCUUCAUAUGCAAGACAAUUUCAGUAGGCCCAACUACGAUGUAGCUAUGAAAAACCAUCAUGGAAGUAGGGUAUUACCUCCCUGGAUGCAGGGCUCCAUGUCUGUUCCAGCUACACGAUAUGCUGGUCAAUCUGAUCCUUAUCAGCCUGGGGCAGUUCAAGAAACAGCUGGUGACGAGAGGCAUAUUUAUGAAGUAGCAUUACGGGGUCUUCACCAACCAGUACUUGAAACAACUUUACCUGAUGGUCUUUUGUCUGUCUCUCUUUUCAGGCACCAGAAAAUUGCAUUGGCCUGGAUGCUUCAGAAGGAGAACAGUGUGGCUUGUUCUGGUGGAAUUUUGGCUGAUGAUCAGGGCCUUGGCAAGACCAUUUCUAUCAUUGCACUUAUACAGAUGCAGAAAUUUUCAAGAAGACCUAAAGCAGAGGAUCCUUGCGUUUCAAAAGCUGAAGCCUUGGAUUUAGAUGAUGAUAAUGAUAAAGACACAUUAGUUUUGGACGAAGACAAGCAGGCUGCAGAAUCUGAUGAAGUGAAGUUAAUUACUAAGGUCAAUAGUUUAAGUUCAACACAAGAAUUUCGCAAUCGGAAGCCUCCAGCAGGUUCAUUGGUUGUGUGUCCAGCAAGUGUGCUACGACAGUGGGCCCGAGAGUUGGAUGAGAAAGUUGCAGAUGAAGCUAAACUUGACGUGCUAAUCUAUCAUGGAGGCAAUAGGACUAAGGAUCCUGUCGAACUAGCAAAAUAUGAUGUUGUCCUCACGACAUAUUCCAUUGUGGCAAAAGAGGUCCCAACCAAAACGUCUAAUGAGGAGGAUGAUGAUGAUAAAAAAGAUGGGGAUGUGCAUAGAUCGUCUUCUGAAUUUGCUAAUAAGAAAAGGAAGCAGUCUCAUGUUAGCAAGAAAGGAAAGAAGGGUAGAAAAGGUAUCCACAGUUCUGCAGCUGAUUAUAGUGGCACUCUUGCAAAAGUGCAUUGGUUCAGGGUGAUAUUAGAUGAAGCUCAAACAAUAAAAAAUAGCAGUACCCGGGUUUCUAAAUCGUGCUGUGGCCUUAGGGCAAAAAAGAGGUGGUGCUUAUCUGGAACACCAAUACAGAACUCAAUUGAUGAACUUUUCAGCUAUUUCAGAUUUCUGAAAUGUGAACCAUAUGCAAACCACAAAUCUUUUUGCAAUCAAAUAAAGAUCCCAAUAUCCAGAAACUCAAUGCAGGGUUAUAUGAAACUUCAAGCCGUGCUAAAGGCAAUAAUGCUUCGCCGAACAAAAGAAACUUUGAUUGAUGGUAAGCCCAUUAUCAACUUACCUCCAAAAAUAAUAAAUUUGGCAACUGUGGAUUUCUCAGCCGAGGAACGGACUUUCUACCGCAAACUAGAAAGAGAAUCACGCUCUCAAUUCAAGGCUUAUGCAGCUGCAGGCACUGUGAGACAAAAUUAUGCAAAUAUAUUAUUGAUGCUUCUGCGCCUUCGCCAAGCUUGUGACCAUCCAUUGCUGGUUAAGGGGUUUAGUUCAGAAUCGGUCGGUCCAGCUUCUACAAAGAUGGCAAAGAAUCUUCCAAAGGAUAUGCAAGCCAAUUUGUUGAAUCUCUUGGAAACAUUAAAUAUAUGUCUUUUAUGCAGUGAUCCACCUGAGGAUGCAGUUAUUACGAUCUGUGGACAUAUUUAUUGCCUUCAGUGUGUAUCUGACUAUUUAACAGGGGAUGACAACACGUGCCCAUCGCCUAAUUGCAAAAGUCAGAUUGGUAGCGACGUUUUAUUUAGCGAAGCCACCUUAAGGAGUUGUAUCUCUGGUGAUGAUCAUUAUGAAUGUUUGUCGAAAAGUAAUGAGAACUCUCCAGUUUUUCAGGAUAAUUAUGCUUCUUCCAAGAUUAGAGCCACUCUAGAUAUUAUUCAGUCCCAUUACAGAGCUGAAAUAUCAAAUUCAGCAGGCAAUGGUAACACUUCCUUCACAGGAAAUACCUCCUCUAGUUCAGGUAUUGGUGAUCCGAGAUGCUCAUCAGCUUCGCAGGCUGAAGGACCAAUAAAAACAAUUGUAUUUUCUCAGUGGACGAGAAUGUUGGACUUGGUUGAAUGGUCACUGAAUCAGCAUUGCAUAGAAUACAGGAGACUGGAUGGUUCUAUGUCUUUAGUCUCGAGGGACAGAGCUGUCAAAGAGUUCAACACUGACCCAGAGGUAAUUGUUAUGCUGAUGUCAUUGAAAGCUGGCAAUCUUGGUCUGAACAUGGUUGCUGCAUCUCAUGUUAUUCUUUUAGAUCUUUGGUGGAAUCCGGCUACUGAAGAUCAAGCUAUUGACCGAGCUCAUAGAAUCGGACAGACUCGCACUGUCACUGUGUCCAGAUUAACAAUUAAGGACACGGUUGAGGACAGGAUUCUCGCACUCCAGGAAGAAAAGAGGAAAAUGGUUGCUUCAGCUUUUGGUGAAGGUCAAAGUGGAAGCUCAGUGACUAGUUUAACUGCACAAGAUCUCAAAUAUCUUUUUAUGGGAGCCUAUUAACUUUCUAACAAGAUGAUGGUAUUUUUGUUUUUAGAUAUCUAGUGUAGACUGUAGAGCCAACCCCUGUAAAUGAUCAUAUAGGUUGUUGAUGCAUAUCAAAAGUUAAGUCUAGUCUCCAUUUGAAGGAUACCUUGACAGCAUUAGAUGCAUGGUUUAUUUUUUCAUUCUAUUUUACCGCAACAUCUUCACAGAUUUGAUAGCUUGCAAGCUUUAACAC